GCACCGGAAGUGAGGUUAAACUUUGCUGCACACAGCGGAAAACAGCUGUUGUUUAGAAACAGGAUGCCAGGUCAGAAAAGGAGGAUGUCAUCUUCUGAACCUGAAAUUAAGAAGACAAGGAUGGAUGAAAACAUUGUGGCAUCAGAUAAACCUGGUCAGAUACCUCAGAAGAAGAGGGGAAGACCUCCUAAGAGCAAAGGUUUGGAAACGUUGCAAUCGAGGGAAGAGAACAGUAAGUGUGUUCGCCGGUCCUCUCGACUGAAAAUGACACAAAAGAAAGGUGCCAGAGGAAGACGGAGGAAAGCACUGGGCGCAUCAGAUGCGGGACAGCCAAAUGAUCGAUGUUCCAAUGUCUUCAAGAAACUUGGAGAUAAACCAUGUCAGAAUUUGGCUGUCUUGAAAAAAGGAACCAAGAAAUAUGCCCCGAGAGUGAAGAAAGACAAGCCUUCUGUCUCCGAAACAAUCAAAACUGUGACCGCAGCAUUUUUUCCUGUGCAAAUCGAGCACAACUAUGGGCGUUUUCUUGACUCGCAAAGUAAGGAGAUCACGUUACCCCAACCUGAGAAAAACCAUGUGGCCAACAUAGUUGAUUUGCAAACGGAACUUCCUAACAGUUGCCCACGAGCGAGCAAAGGAUCAGUUGAAGAGCACAAGGAGCUGCCAACAGACCCUAUUGAGAAAAUUACUGUGAGUUUGGAUGCAAAAGUAGAUGUGAUGGCAAAGUCGCCUCCACCUCUAGAAGCACUUUUCAAAGUCAUCCAAGAGACCAGCAUUACGAAGCACGCGUUCACUAGUAAAGACAUCUCCGAUUUGGAUGAGCUAGAGGUGGUAAAUACAUGUUCCCUACAAGAAAAUGUACAAAGCACCGAAAUAUCAGAUGUGGCGAAAGUGUUUCUCCUAGACUCUGAAAUAUUUCUUGAUGAUGAUAAUGAGAUUGAACAUUGUGUCGUUGAGAUUGAAACCAAUGAGGAUUUGGAAAGCGACUCCAUCAAGGACCAGCUCUCUGCUACAAACGUUAAGGAUGAAACGCUAAAUAAAGAAACAACCGAAACUGUGAUAGGUAAGGAGAUUACCUCUUCGCCCCAGAAAAAUGUGACAGACUCCUCAGAAGGGCUUCCGAAAAAGCAAGCAAUGAACCCACAGGCUCGGACGAAGGCGCGUAUUGCCGCCCUGGCUGAGGAGAGGGCGGCUGCUGCCAAGAGACCCCCACCACGACAGCUCAACCUCUUAGCGCUCUGCGAAGAAAUCGCUGACGAUAUCGCCUCUGAUGCCCCAGCAGGUUCGGAUGAGAAAGAAGGUGAGCAAGAAAAGGAGGUGAGUGAGCCUAUGGAGGGAAGUGAAACAGAAAGCGAAACAAAAGAAGUGAUGUCGCCAACUGUCUCCGAAAAAACAGAGACCCCUGAGCCCCAACCCAAUGAUGGCACGCCCAAAAAGCGCUUUUUCCUCAGCCAAGUGUCGCUGCCUAUCAAAUCCCAGGAGAAGAAAUUGACCCGAUAUCAGAGGCUGAGGCAGGUGGAAAUUCAGAGAGAUAAACUAACCUGGACCUGUGUUAAGAAGCUGAAGUCCGAUCAGGUGAGCCAGGCUUCCUCCCUCAAGGAGCCCGAAACUGUCUCGCAUUCACCGAGCCAGGCCGCCACCCCUGCUCAGCCUCCUGUCCCAGAGAGUGUGCCCAAAGUGGGCUCAAAUGAACCCAGGCGUGCACUGCCUGCACAGGCACCCCCCAUGCCUAAUGGACUCACCAGCCCUAAACCCAGACCUGUGGUGGAGUAUAAAACCUACACGCCCAGACGCAAGUAUUCACCAGACGAUUUUGAGCUAGACGGUCUUGAGGAAGAGAAGACCAAACCAGCAGUACCCAAAAAUGAGGUCAAACCAGAACAGUCCUCUUCAUCAGCUAAAGUACAGCUUAAACCAUCAGUGCAGAAGAAACCAUGUGCUCCCACUACUGCAGAUACUAAACCGAAACCCUCUCCCCAACAAGAACUUGCCCAGAAGACACAAACAGAAAACAACAACAGCAGUGAAAAUUCUGGUGUUGAAUAUGUAGCAGAACAGCAGAAAGAGGUCAAAAACGGUUCAAAACCUGAAAUUGCAGCAGCACAAACCAGCAAUGAUGCUGGUCAGAAGGCGUUUGGUGCGGUGAUGUGUAACGUGUGUGGGAUGCUGUACUCUCCUACCAGCCCAGAGGAUGAAUCUCAACACCUCCUCUUCCACAAUCAGUUCAUCAGUGCUGUCAAAUAUGUGGGCUGGAAGAAAGAGAGAAUUCUAGGAGAGUAUCCAGAUGGCAAGAUCAUUCUUGUACUCCCUGACGACCCAAAGUACGCACUAAAAAAGGUUGAGGAGAUCAGGGAAAUGGUGGACAAUGACUUGGGCUUCCAACAAGUGGAGACCAAGGUCCCUUCACAGAGCAAAACCUUCCUUUUCAUUUCAAACGAUAAGAAAGUAGCAGGCUGCCUUAUCGCCGAGCACAUCCAAGAGGGCUACAGGGUUAUAGAGGAGUCUGUGUCGGAGGGAUCGGAAGGAGAGAAGGUGAUGUUUGAGCGUCAGAGGGCCUGGUGCUGCUCUACGGUUUCUGAACCGGCACUCUGCGGCAUCAGCCGCAUCUGGGUGUUCAGUAUGAUGAGACGGAGAGGCAUCGCGUCACGCAUGAUUGAGUGCCUCAGGAAUAAUUUUAUCUAUGGGUCUCAUCUAAGUAAAGAUGAAAUCGCUUUCUCAGAUCCCACGCCUGACGGAAAACUUUUCGCCACACAUUACUGUGGAACCUCUAAGUUUCUGGUCUACAACUUUGUCAGUGGCAAUCGCUCAACCUGACAUGACAUGACAACAGUGUUUAGUUUGCAAAUAUUUUCUUUUGAGAAAAGGACUGGACUAAGAAAACCUUUAUUUCACUAUUCCAAACUGAAGUGAGAGAACACAAGAAAGAAACAGAAACAUCAUAGGAUGUUUUUAAAGGCUCUUUCUGCUAAGACUGGCGAUCCUCACCAGAGAUGUAGAGUGCAACAUUAGACGUUAAUCUAUCCCCUCACGUUGGCCAGUUGACACAUUUUAAAUAAGACUACACAGUAGCUUACACCCGUUGCAUUGUCUGGUAAAAGACAUCUGAAAUGUUCUCUCAGGUUUAGGUUGCAGCCUGUCUUAGGACUCUCCGUUUAGUGAAGCCAUGUUGUCCAGUGCACAAAUGCAAAUUCAGUGUGCUUCUUCCUAAAACAUACUGGAAGAUGUGUGAACUUUACUACUGUAAGCAAUGCCUCGGCCAGGAGGCGACAUCUUCUGAAUCUCAGGUAGAAAAUCAUGAAUUUGUCAUCAGAAACACCCUUUAACCCCUACACAAUGUCAACCAUUUUAAAAAAGAGUGUAUUUUCAUGAUACAUUGUUUUCCAUGUGCAUUUUAAAGAGGUUUACAUGCAUGGCAUUGACAGAUGAUUUCAUACAAGUCGCUGGGAUCGCACAGCACUGUGAAGAAUUAAUUUGAUUAAUUUGUUUCUAAAACAUGAGUUUAAUAAUCCAGUGUUUGCCAAGUCAUAGUAUUCCAUCUCAUUUUGGAAGGAUUUUGUGUAUGUAUAUGUAUUUUGAUUGAAUUAUAUUAAUUUACCCCGGAAAUGACUAUAUAUAUAUAUAUAUAUAUAUAUAUAUUUUUUUUUAUCUGUACAUCACUUUGUGAACAUUGACACAAAGUCUUAAAAUCACUUUAAAGAACGCUUUGUUCAGUUUAUAAAAAUAUCAAGAUUAAUACAAUUUGUCUACGUGCAAUAAUACAUUUUAUAAGCCUCAUUAAUCCAUCAGAACAACCGGGUUAAUAAUAUUCCAAUACCUGGAAUAUUUUAUCAUCAUUCUUUACAAACUGAAGAAUAACUUUUAGGUUUUUACAUUAUUGGUCAAACAAUAUAUUCUUAAAGGGAUAGUUCACCCAGAAAUAUAAAUUCUCUCAUCGUUCACUCACCCUCAUGCCAUCUCAGAUGUGUUUGACUUGCUUUCUUUUGCAGAAUGCAAAUUAGGAUUUUUAAGAAGAAUAUUUCAGCUCUGUAGGUCCAUAUGAUGAAUGGUGAACAGAACUUUGAAGCUCCAAAAGGCACAUAAAGGCAGCUUAAAAGUUAUUCAUACGACUCCAGCGGUGUCAUUAUUUAAGUCCUAUUUUUACUAUAAAUCUUCACUUUCACAGUCUUUUGUUUUUUUUGGCAAUGCGCAUUCCUCCUGCAUAUUGGCACCAAAAAGGACUUAAAUAUUGACUGAUGUCUCACCCACAUCGAUCAUAUGGUUUCAAAAGAUAUGGAUUUUACCACUGGAGUCUUAUGGAUUACUAUUAUGCUGCCUUUAUAUGCUUUUUGAAGCUUCAAAGUUGUAGACCAUGUUGGCAUGUUUUGUAUGGACCUACAGAGCUGAGAUAUUUUUCUAAAUAUCUUCAUUUGUGUUCUGAACAAGAAAGAAAGUCAUACAUGUCUGGGAUGACAUGAGGGUGAGUAAUUGAUGAGAAAUGUUUCAUUUUGGUGUGAACUAUACCUUUAAGCAUAUAGUAAACUUGAGAGAAUUACCCAGCAUUCAGCAGCCACCUUCAGUGUUUAGGCAAAUCUAUUGUCGGCCCUCUGUUUUGUUCUAAAAUAACUAAAUGUAUGUUCCUUAGGCAUGACUGACAACUGGACUGAAAUUUGGUAAGAAACAAAAGAACAAGUCAAAUAAUAAACUCCAGAGUGUUUUACAUGGUAAAUAGUCAUGAUACUGAAUCUCAUGACAAUGCCAGGGCUGUAAAAAAAAAAAAAAACUUUUUAGAUAUUUUCUGUAAAUAACAAAGUUGUAUAAAUUUGCAGUAAACUUAAUAUUCGAAAAAAAUGCAUGGAAAAUCAAAUGACAGAAAUUAUUUGUGUUUUAUUCAAUGGCUUGGCGAGGCCAAGUUCUUAUUUCUGAUCUUUGUCUCAUCUUUUUCACUAUUAUUUUUUUUUUUUAUAAUAAAAAUCUUA